AAUAUUCAGUCAGAUAUUUAUUGAAAAGCCUAGCCUAGUAGUUGUUUUGCCAAAGCCUAGACUAUUAGUAGACUUUGUUUUUCUAUAUGAAGUAGUAUAUACUAUUAAUAUUGUUCUUUUUUAAAUAAUAACGAGAACAUAACAUUUAAAAUUGUCAAAAUCUGUUUGUUGAGAACCGAGUUUGUUAUAUUUUGAUUGUUUAUUAGAGGUUAGAAUUCAGAAGAAUUGUACAACUUUCAAAGUUAUUUACAUACAAAAGUAAAGUGUAAUAAUGUACUGUUUAGGUUUGAACUAUUUUUAAUAAUACAUAUAUUCUAGUGUAUCUUUGGAUUUAAAAGAAGUAAAAGUUUGAUUGUUAAUAUUUUUAUCAUGGAAGUAGAACCACAUAACAGAAGUUAUGUGAGAACCCCAGAAGAUGUCAAAGUUAUGAUAAAACAUGCAAAAUUAGAAGAAAAAGAUAUAAAACCAAUAACACAAGCCAUUUAUUUUACAAACAGAACUGAGGAAGAUUACAAACUUCUCGAGAUUAACCCCUUAGUCAUCAGUGCAUUAAAAGAAGGGCAGAAGGUUGUUUUUCGAGGAGCUCGGGAUGACAAAGCUGUAUUGUGUACUGAAGAUAAAACUUUUGAAGUCAAAGAAGCUGAAACUUCCAACUCUCUGCUUCUUUUACCGGAACUGAAACUAGCAGAAGAUUGUAAAGGUGAUGAUGAAGAUGUCAGGCAAUUAGAAGAAAGGAAGAUAGUUGGUGUUUUUCACACCUACCUGGAACUUCGACUUAUCAAACCUCGCCUCAGGAGGUUGAAGAGCUUGUUGGAGCCGAGUAGUUACAGAGGCUCAGAACUGGAGGCUGACCUGUUAGAGUCUGGAGUGAGGUUGUACACAACUGUGGACCUGCUCAGGGAGGUGCAGGCCAGUGAGCAAGAGUUGACUGGGGGCCUGGAGGAUCUAGGGGCUUGUUGCAUUGAUGGUAAGUGGAGAUUGCUGGAGUUUGAUUACCACUUCAGAGUACUCUCAUAUUUCUUGAACUUGAUUGAUUCAAACUCUUGGAACGUCUCAAGUAUCCCUUACAGAGAGACCAUAGAUAACUUGCAAGAUCUGAUGCCAAUGUAUAUCCUAGAACACGUGUUUCAUCAGUACUGUGAAAUGUCGGGAGACCGUGAUGAUGAAGGUGAACCAUUAUACAGUUUGCUAGAGGAUAAAACUUGUCGAUUCUUAGCUGAAGUCCUUCUGAGGCCAGCCGGUAGAUUCAACCUCCAAGAUUUUCUUCAGGCCUGGCAAGACAGUGUCCCAGAAGGACUCCAGACAGAUCUGAAGCAGCUGGAUGGAAUAGCUCUUACUGACCUCAAUGCUAGGCCUCAAGUUAUUUGGUUCUUCCCAGAAACUGAUCUACCAGAAGAUAUUCAAGAACGAAUAAAUGUACUUUUUGAAAUCCGUGACAAAUGGACAUUGGAUCAAAUACAUCCCUACAUAGAAAAAUUAACAACAGAAAAGCAGAAUGUGAAUGCACUUUUAACAAAGCAUGCUCGAGCAUCCAACAUCAAUGGUGUGCGAUACUACAGUUCACGUCAUGGAAAAUGAUACUUCUACUAUCAAUACUGUAUAUAUCUUUGUACAAAAUGUGUAAAAUUAUAAAUAUAAUCUGUUUAUUGUAA